AUGUCAAACGACUCCAAUAACUAUCCAUCGUCCAGCCGACGUGAAUCUACCCCUCGAAAACUGCCUGCUCCUCCACUCGCGCAGGAAUCAAAGCGCGUGUCGCGUCCGCUGCCGAGAAUUCCGAGGGCGCUCGUUUGUAAGCAGUGUGGGACGUGUAUCACCUCGCACAACGUCCUCCUGCCAACAUCCGCGAUCCCUCCAGACUCAAGGUCGUUCAGAGGAUUCUUUGGAAAGGCAUCUUUAUUCACCGAGACUUAUAACGUCGCGCUAGCCAAGCCAGGCGUUCAACUUAUGGUUACUGGCGCCCACACUAUGCAAGAAGUGACCUGCGGAAUUUGCUUGUCCUAUCUCGGCUGGAAGAUUGUUCGUGCCCAUGAGAAGACUGAAUCUUGGAAAGACGGUCACUUUUUGAUGGAACUGGAGAACCUCUAUGUUCAACCCGACUUGCUGAAUCCUCGAAGAUCAUCAUCAGGCUCUGAUUCAGACUAUAGCCCUUAG